GAGAUAGAGAGGUAGUGGAAGCAGAUUCCAUUCCGAUUGAUGGUGGUGCAAUGCCACCGUACAUUACUGCAUACUAUAUUGCAUUUAGUGCGGAGAAUAAUUGUUCUUUAAGGUUGCAGAUACAGUGUUCCUCGCCGUAGGGCAGGCAAGGAAUGGAGCUCGAUGAGCAUGGCUUCCUGGAGGAGCUGCUCGCCCUGAGAAGAGACGAUUGGGACUCUGACUCGUUUCCAGCUGGAAUGGGCGAGUUCUUCUUCCCCUGCGACGGCGGCUUGGACUGCUUCCAGCAGAUCAGCCCACACGCGUUGGCUCCCCUGAGCUUUCCGCCGGCUUUCGACGUGACCGUGGAGCCUAAUUUCGACGGUUUGAGUGACGUAUGCUGUCCGAUCGCCGGCCCGUACUCGGCGCCGGCACCGGAGAUCCAGUCUUCCUCGCUAGAUGACGGCGAGCUUGGCCUCGCUCGCAAGGUGGAGCCGGCGAUGUUUCGGUUGGAUGGCUGUGUGGAGAGGAAAAAGAAGAAGAAGAAGAAGCUCGAGGGGAUGCCUUCCAAGAACUUAAUGGCGGAGCGGCGGAGAAGGAAGAGACUCAACGACCGGCUCUCCAUGCUGCGGUCCGUCGUCCCUAAGAUUAGCAAGAUGGACAGAACAUCCAUUCUGGGCGACACCAUCGACUACAUGAAGGAGCUCAUGGAGAGGGUCAAACGGCUGCAGCAGGAGAUGGACGUCGGCCCAGAACAGCCGAAUCUACUGAGCACCGACGAGAUCUUAGCGAGGAAGUCCCCCAAGUUCGACGUGGAGAGAAGAGAUAGCGACACACGGAUCGAGAUCUGCUGCGCGGCAAAGCCAGGCCUGCUGCUGUCGACGGUGAACACACUGGAGGCCUUGGGGCUUGAGAUCCAACAAUGUGUCGUGAGUUGCUUCAGUGACUUCGGAUUGCAGGCUUCUUGCUCUGAGGGCAUAGAUCGGUGGGCGGUCGUCGGCGCCGAGGACAUCAAGCAAGCGCUCUUGAGGAAUGCAGGUUAUGGUGGGAAGUGUCUAUAGAUGAAUGGGUUCGGUGGCCGCUUGCAAAUGUCUGAUGAGUUCUUCUUGCUUCCGUCGUCACCGAGACCUUCACACAGGCCUUAACCAAGCCAUCAAUUCUUUCUCGAGUAGGAAGCAUCUGCUGUGAAUGAUGGAAGAAUCGAUUGAUGCAGGUGUCAAGAUGAAUGUGUGUUACUAAGACGAUUGUUCAUGAAGAUCUUGAUCACUUGAGACAUGGACAAUGUGGACUUGUAAGAUACCUCAAAGUAAUAGUUCGAUGUGCAGUCCUUAGCUUCCUUCUCUUACUCUUUGGUUACAUGACGCCAUAUUUAUGCUCUCUAAGCUCCAUCCAUUGUUCAGAGAGAGAGAGAGUGUGUGUGUGUGUGUGACACAAAGUGCCUUUUUCCACCCAACUGGUUCAUGAAGCUCUAAGAAUGUAGCAGCAUUUGGAUUCUCUGAGAAAAGGGAGAUGACCAUCCAUGAUGUGCUAAUUGCGUGAGCUUAUACAUGGACUCAAAGUUCAUCAUUGAAUCAAUUAGGUUGUGAAGGCAAUCAAAGUUGGAACUAUCAUAACAUGGUUUUGAGGAGGUUCUAUAUGUAGUUAGUCAAAGAUUCAGCUAACCAACUGUUGUCAUAUUGUUUGGACUUUGGCUAAGAUGGAAGGAGACUGCCAGCCACACUUUAAAGAGUUCAGAUUCAUCUUUGACUCUUGCAUCAUUUUGUGCUUCAAGCUGUCAUUUGCAGUAGAAAAGGGCAUGAAAUGUCAGAUGCCACAUAAUCCCUUCAUGACUGUGCCAAAUUAAUCUGCACUAAUAAUGUAAGAUAUCAUCAUCAUCA